AUGUUAACGGACGAGGUCUUUCACAAACCCCUCAUCGAACAGAUAAAUCGUGACGGCGAGGCUUUGAAUGAUACAGACAAGUUUAAUGUCGCGGUUCAAUUAUUAAGCACCCUCGAUGAUCCAAAGCUCAGCCCUUGUGAGCAGCUUUUGAUCGAGUUUAAAAUUUGGGCUCUCUACGAGCAUGCACCGCUUCGCUAUCAUCCAUUUCUGAUCCAUUUUUAUGAGAAUUGGAAGAACCCGUCUCUGCCACCUGCACGGAAACUUCUUCUUUCAUGUGUUCUUGCUGGUCGUGUUCCAGAGAUAUUAUCGAAGACGCCGAAUAUGCUGACGAACGAGACUAGCGACUCGUACAUUAAAUCAGUGGUUAAGCAAGUGAAUGAAGAGGAGCUUCAGAACUGGUUAGCGAUUGCCGAAUUGGCACCAAACCCAAAAGAACGGUCUCGUGUGGACGUUUGGCAGUUAGGUUUACAAAGGAAGUUAAGGAAAGAUGAGCAGCAAAAUCUGUUGGAAUUGGUCUCAAUGAAUCCGAUCAGGCCAACCACAAAAGAACUUGAUGCAUUUAUCUUUUGCAAUCCGGAUUUCUGUACUACAUUCCUUAUUGCUACUUUAGAUAAGGAAGAAGAGUUACAACUGAAAGAGGAUCUUCUUUUUGAGUGUUCUCAACUACCGAUAAGUGUAUACAAUUUACAAACGAUACUUUUAGUUUUGCUACGACGUCCGCAAACGGCAACUAUGAUGGUCCGAAAACUCCCGUGGCUUUAUCACGUACUAAAUGCACUGAACAAUCAGUUGCAACAUGUGACCGAUGAAACGAACCUCAACCGCUGUACCCAGCUUGUACCCCUAUUUCUAACGAACCUCAUGAACUGCAAGCAGCUUUCUAAUCUCCUAACUCAUGACUUUUUCUUGGAAGUACAAGAUAUAUGCAUCGCAACAAUGCCUUGUUCAGCUGAGUUAUACAAAAGGCUAAUGUCUAAUCAAGAAACCACCAACCCUUCAACGUAAAAUAAACGCUUGCACUAAGCAAGGCACUAACCCUUCUUUGUUUAGUGCUUCAAGUCACUCGUUUCUUGAAUAGCAGUUCCUCACGAUACCAAAUGAAUUUAUUUACCCAGUGUUAUAAAACCAAAAAAACAAAUAUCCCUUUUGAUCCUGUUCGUAAUAUUAUGCAGAUGUGUACAAAAGAGGCCGAGACAUACGAG